AUGGCUGCCCCGCUGCCUACGAAGCCGGCGGCGCCUGCGGACGCCCGCACCGCCUCAUCGGUGCUGGAGCUGAUCAACGGCACGCCCCUCGUGCGUCUCAACAAGGUGCCCCAGUCGCUCGGCAUCACCGCCCAGGUCUACGCCAAGGUCGAGCUGUUCAAUGCCGGCGGCAGUGUCAAGGACCGCAUUGCGCUGCGCAUGAUUGAGGAGGCCGAGAAGAGCGGGCGCAUCAAGCCGGGCGACACGCUGAUUGAGCCGACGAGCGGCAACACGGGCAUCGGCCUGGCGCUCGUGGGCGCCGUCAAGGGCUACAAGACCAUCAUCACGCUGCCCGAGAAGAUGUCGGCCGAGAAGGUGUCGGUGCUGCGCGCGCUGGGCGCCACCAUCAUUCGGACCCCCACACAGGCCGCCUGGGACAGCCCCGAGUCGCACAUUGGCGUGGCGCUGCGCCUGCAAAAGGAAAUCCCCAACAGCCACAUCCUGGACCAGUACACCAACGUGGACAAUCCGCGGGCGCACGAGUUCGGCACGGCCGAGGAGAUUUGGGCGCAGACGAACGGCAAGAUCACGGCGGUCGUGGCCGGUGCCGGCACGGGCGGCACGAUCUCGGGCAUCGCCAAGGGCCUGCACAAGCAUAACCCCAACAUCAAGAUCAUUGGCGCGGACCCGGUCGGCAGCAUCCUGGCCGAGCCGGCGAGCCUCAACGAGGAGGGCAGCAACACGCCGUACAAGGUGGAGGGCAUCGGCUACGACUUUGUGCCGGACGUGCUGGACCGCCAGGCCGUGGACAAGUGGUACAAGACGGAGGACCGCGAGUCGUUCCAGCUGGCGCGGCGCCUGAUCGCCGAGGAGGGGCUGCUGGUGGGCGGCAGUUCCGGCUCGGCCAUGGCGGCCAUGGUCCGCGCGGUCAAGGACCUGGCGCUGGGCCCCGAGGACGUGGUUGUGGUGGUGCUGCCGGACAGCAUCCGCAGCUACCUGUCCAAGUUUGCCGACGACGACUGGCUGGCCGCCAACGACCUGCUGCCGGUCACGGAGAACGGGGCCGAGGCCGAGCAGGCGCACCAGGCGCACCAGGAGAAGCGGCAGAAGCUCAGCGAGCCGUCCAAGCGCCGCCCAAGCAACCCGUACGGCACAGACACGGUGCGCCAGCUGCGGCUCAAGCCCGUGACGUCGGUGCUGGCCGACAGCCCGUGCAAAGAUGCCAUUGAGACGAUGCGCGACAAGGGCUUCGACCAGCUGCCCGUGCUGACGCCCAAGGGCGACCGCCUGGCGGGUCUGGUGACGCUGGGCAACCUGCUGUCGUACACGUCGCGCGGCCGCAUCACACCCACGAGCCCCGUCAGCGCGGCCAUGUUCGACUUUGGCCGGCUGGACGAGGUGGUGACGGACCCGCGCGACAUUUUGGUCGACACGUCCGGCACCAAGGCCGACCGGCGCAAGGGCAAGCGCGGGUUCGUGGAGAUCACCAUGGACACGCCGCUGUCGGUGCUGAGCCGGUUCCUGGAGUGGAACAGUGCGGCGAUUGUGACGGAGAGAAGCGGAGAUGCACGCACGGCCAAGCCUGUGGCCGUGGUAACCAAGGUGGACCUCCUGACGUGGAUGAUGAAGGAGCUGAAGAACUAG